AUUCUGAUGACUUCAUUGCCACGGCCGGACAAAAGACCUUUCAGAUUACUCCGCCAAUGACAUAGAGACACGAGAGGACUAUCCAUAACAACAAAAGAGAGAUGAAAUCCCCCGGAAGAUUACUGCAUCUAGACAACUGUCGGUGUUGUGCUGUCCAGUUGUUGAUCUGAAUGUUUUGAGUUUUGACUGCAUUAAUGGUUUGAUUCAAUUUCGGUAAGCAGCUUCGAUUUGCAAUUGACACCGGUGGUCAAAUUGACCGGUCCAAAAAUAAUCAGACCAGUCGAUGCGGUCCGGGAUCACAAAAUCCUAGGCUCGCCUUGUUUCUAUCUCCAUGAUUUUUGCCGUCCCUCGUUGUUCCUGCCAGAAAAUGAGAAAUUACAGAGCUUCAGGUUUCCAUUACCGAACUUUCAAGCAACGCAGACUCUCAAACCUAGGCGACGUAAACCAAGCUCAGCUCUAUUCACGUUUUUGUUCAAUCUCUCAAUUCGAAGCUUCAUCACAAACCCUAGAUCAGCCUUCAGUCCCUCCCCUAAACAUCGAAGAGUUCUUAGAGAAAGCAGUCCUAGAUUCUCAGUGGCAUUCAAUCGAACAGGUUUCUUCUUCAAAUCUCACUCCGUCUGCCAUUUAUAAUGCUCUUUCUAAGCUCCGCGAAGAGCCUGACUCUGUUUUGGCGCUCAUUCAGAAAUUAGGUUUUGAGUGCCUUGAUGUCAGAUCCCUUUGCCUCGCUGUAGCUGUAGUCUGUCGCCUCCCAUUGCCGCAACCCGCUUUGCUGCUCUUGAAGAGAGCUUUGAAUGGCGGUGUUGCAACAAACCAGGAGCUUUUCGAUGAGUUAGUUCUCGCACACGAGAGUUUGAGCUUGUCGAGUUCAAUUGCUCUAGAUUUUCUUAUUAGGGCGUGUUGUGGAUUGAAGAGAGCAGAGGAUGCUCUCGAAUGCUUCUACUUGAUGAAGGAUCAGGGUAUUCUUCCCAAGAUUGAAUCUUGUAAUGACCUAUUGAGUGUGCUUUCGAAAUUGAAUAAGAUAGACACGGCUUGGGCUCUGUAUGCUGAAAUGUUCAGGUUGAGGAUUCCGUCCACUGUCAUCACGUUCAACAUAAUGAUUAAUGUGUUAUGUAAGGAAGGGAAACUGAAGAAGGCUAAGGCUUUCAUUGGACACAUGGAGGGUUUUGGCUUUAAACCAACUGUUGUGACUUUCAACACUAUAAUUCAUGGGUACUGUUCAAGAGGCAAACUUGAAGGUGCCCAUGAGAUAUUUGAUACUAUGAAAAAGAAGGGAAUACGACCAGAUUCUUACAGUUAUGGUUCUCUCAUUAGUGGGUUGUGCAAGGAGGGAAAACUUGAAGAAGCAUCAGCUCUAUUUGGCAAAAUGGUGGAUGAAAGGCUAGUUCCUACUGCUGUGACUUACAACAUGUUAAUCGAUGGAUACUGCAACAAGGGGAACUUGACGAUGGCCUUUCUGUACAGGGAUGAGAUGGUUAGUAAAGGAAUAAUGCCAACUGUCUCCACUUAUAAUUUGCUGAUUCAUGCCUUGUUUAUGGGUGGUCGAGCAGCCGAAGCAGAUGGUUUCAUCAAGGAAAUGGGAGAAAGGGGCAUGGCACCUGAUGCAAUCACAUAUAACAUCUUGAUAAAUGGAUACUGCAAGGAAGGGAAUGCAAAGAAAGCCUUUGAUCUCCACGCUGAAAUGUUAAGUAAAGGGAUUCAUUCUUCAGCAGCAACCUACACGUCCCUUAUCUAUGUUUUGAGCAAGCAGAAAAGAAUGCAAGAGGCAGAUAACUUAUUCAAGCGGAUUGUCGGUAAAGGAAUUUUCCCUGAUGUCAUAAUGUUCAAUGCGUUGAUUGAUGGUCAUUGCAUCAAUGGAAACAUGGCGCGUGCUUUUAUGCUUUUGAAGGAGAUGGAUACGAGGAAGGUAUCUCCUGAUGAGGUGACCUUCAAUACACUAAUGCAAGGGCUCUGUAGGGAGGGGAAAAUUGAGGAAGCUCGAGGGCUUCUCAAUCAAAUGAAGGAUAGAGGCAUCAAACCUGAUCACAUAAGUUACAACACCCUCAUUAGUGGGUAUAGUAGGAAAGGUGAAAUUAAAGAUGCUUUAACUGUUCGUGAUGAGAUGUUGGGCAAAGGUUUCAAUCCAACUCUUCUCACUUACAAUGCCCUUAUCCAAGGGCUAUGCAAAAACAAGGAAGGAGAGCAUGCUGAAGAACUCCUCAAAGAAAUGGUAAGCAAAGGCAUUACUCCUGACGACAGCACCUACUUUUUUCUGAUUGAGGGUCUUGGCUAAGGUCAAGGCUUGGUGGAGAAUACUGGGAACAAUCCAUUGUUGACCAGCAGACUUUGAAGUUUCAACCUUCAAAAGAUCAUUCGAUGCCUUAAGAAAGAUCAUGCAGUGAUGGAAUCAUGCAUCCCUUGUCACUAUCACAUUUCACCACUCAGAGUUCUACAAUAUCAAUAAUUGCUGCCAAUAAUUUGCCGGUAUCCCCUGAGGUUGGGAAGGGGCAAUGGAGAACUUUCAGCCCAUGAAUUAAAAUUGCCCCUUUACUGAUGAUAAUGAAAGUGAUGGAAACAAGAGCAAGAUGACAAGGUAUGUCUAGACUCUAGACCAUUGGAGAUUGCUAUUAUGUACCAUUGAUGAUGGGAACAAUAAUUUACCUGUUGUGUAUAUGUAAUGAGUUGGAAGUAGGAGCAGAUGAAUACCAGGGGAAUAUCCCUUACUAGUGGGAAUGAAAUGUGAAGACCACAAAACUAAAAGGCUUAAUGUGAAGACCUUUUGCCUUUUCAUUCUUUCCUUUUUACGUUGCAUAAUAUAUGUGUAAGGGGAAAAGAAUCAAUAGCUUCUCAGCUUUCUCUCUUAAUUAAAAAACGUGAAGCAAAAUCUUUAUCCAUUAUCUUUUAAGUAAACACCUGUCAUCUUUCCUGUUUGUGGUAAAUUUUGAUAUGAAAUAAUUAUGCAAGUGUUAUGUGGAAAAUGUUGGAAUUGAUGCAUGGCAUUUGGUCC